GGCGCUGGGGCUGCGCGGAGCCGCCCGCGGCUCAGUCAGCCCCCCGGACUGGGAGCCGCCGGGGACCCCCCCCCCCGCCGCCUGUGCCCGCGCGCGCCUGCCCGGACGAAGCUCCGCCGUUUCCCCUGUUUUGCUCAGCCGGGCUGGUGGCGAUGGGCUCCCGGCGGAGGCCCCUGGGCCGCUCCCACUCGGGCAACGGGUCUGCCUUGGGGUAUUGCCCCGGGCCCGGGAGCGACGGCGAGGACAACGGGCCCCUGGUGGAGUACCGGCCGGAUAGGCGCAGCUACCUGCUUGGCGUGCGCCCCGAGAACAGCUUGCUACCCAGGCGGGUGUCCCCCACCGGCUACGGAAGGAGCGUCUUCUGUGCGAUCAUUGCUCAGCUGACUGAGGAGACCCAGCCGGUCUUUGAAACAACGCUUAAAUCAUAUGCCGUAUCGAAGGACGCCGAUGCCAAAUUCACAUGCAUUGUGAUAGGGUACCCACCUCCAGAAGUGACGUGGUACAAAGAUAAUGAAGAAAUGGAUCGAUACUGCGGAUUGCCGAAAUAUGAAAUUUCACGACACGGGAACCGACACACUCUGCAGUUAUACAAGUGUCAAGAGGAAGAUGCAGCUAUUUACCAGGCUUCAGCAAGAAACAACAAGGGCAUUGUGUCCUGUUCUGGGGUUCUGGAGGUUGGAACCAUGACGGAGUACAAAAUUCAUCAAGGGUGGUUUGCCAAGCUGAAGAGGAACGCCGAAGCCAAGCUGUAUGAGAUUGAGCAGAGCAGGAAGCGAGGGAAGGAGAACGUGGAGCUGGAACAGCUGAGACGAGUGAGCCCAGACAGGCUCCAGAGGAAGCGACGGUUGACGGGGGAUGUGGGGAUGCGCUCGGGCACCUCCCUCUGGGACCAGGAGGAAGUGACCAAGAUGCGGGUUCCAGAUGGGAAGGCCUCUUUUGGUGAAGAUGAGAAUGCCAAGAACAGAGAGGCCUCUCUGACUGCCCCCACCCUGUUCCCCAAUGACUUCAUAGCAGGACAUCUGGAAACCAAAGUGGCCACCACCAACGGGGACUCUUCUCUUGACAGCGGGGAGGAAAAUGGAGAAAGGAACGACAACGGCUUUCUUCAAUAUAUCUGCAAGACAGUGGGAAUCGUGACCAAGGAAUUUUCCUCAAAGAAGAAAAAGAAAGAGGAAGAUAAGACAGCUCCAUCCAAUGCAAGCCAGAAUGUUUCCCAACUAGAGGAUGGCACGCAACCAAGAAGAAAUAUCUCCCUGCAGAAGGAUGCUGUGCCUGCUGUGUCCUCCCAGAAAGUCGCAUCUCCUACAGUCAACGGAAGGCCAGGGGAAAACAAACCCCAAGAAAAGCCCAAGUUCCAGCUUCGUUCCUGCCCUCCCAAACCAGAGAUGCAUUUUUCGUUGAAAGAGAUGUAUUACGACGCUGAAGCCAAGCCUAAAGAAGGUGAGAAGAAGGUGCCAGAAAGUAAGGUAAGAGCUAUGGAGAAGGCACUUCCCAACAGAGACCUUUCCGGUGCGGAGGACACUCUUCCGGCAACUGUUCAACUUUUGAAAAGGGCCAAGCCAGAAGAAGAAAGAAAGGCAACCCAAGCCAGGCAGAAGUCUAAGGGUGUGGAGAUAAAGCAUGGCAGAACGGCAGCCCCCGGGACAGGCAGGGAAUUGAACCCCCAGCAAUUCCAGCGUCCCAGCCGGACAGUGGAGCCCACUACAGAGGUCCAGAUGGGACAUAAGGUGGAAUGUCCAAGCAGCAGGGCCCCGGAAAGUGAUGUUCUGCAGCCAGGCCAAGCUGGUCCAAAACGAGUUGGAAGGCCACCUCUCUUUGCAGAGAAGGGGGACGCGGAAGUCCUUCUCAUCCGUGAAACAGACUUGCUGGAUUCUGCUCUUCCUGAAGCCGAGCCGGACUUGCAGCUACCAGAGGCUGGACCUGCGGAUUUGCCCCUGCCUUUGCAGGGAGCGAGGCAAGCCUUUCUGCCAGUAGCCUUGGAAAAGGAACCGUUGCCUGACCCAGGGCCUUCUGAGGCUUCAGAAAACUCCCAGCCGAGCUUGUCUGUUGCCUCCGAUUUGCAGUCUCCAAAUUCCAGGUUUGGGGAAGAAGGGAAAGAGGAAACCACUUGUUUUUCAGUAAGGAAAGAUGUCCCGGAAGAUUUAGGAAUAAAAUGGUCAGAGAAGAAAUCUGGUUCCAGCCCAGAGAUCCAGGACUCAAGUAUGGGAAUGCUACAUCUGGAAGAUCACCAGCCAGCAAUUUUCCAGAACCGUCCGGUGACUUCCCACAAUAUCCCAGAGAUUUCUUCUGGUGUCCCAUUGCCAAAUGGGAUGGACAGUCGGGUUCAGAAGGAAGAUGUGGAGACGUAUUCUCCAGAAUGGGGCCAGGAUGAAAUCCAGUGCGGACUACCUCUUACUCCUGAGAGUAAACAGCCAAUUACUCCUACAAUAACAGCCCAAGGAACCCAUUUUAAGGGUAGACCCAUGGACGAGUUGGACCAAGUUGCUCCUUGUACUGAAGGCAUGAGAGAAGAAGAACAAGAAGAAGCCCCUAAGUUGUUGAGAGACAAUAUACCCGCCCCCCAAAUGCAUUUGGUUCCUGAGAGGAAGAGAUCAUCUGAAGCAAUAGAAAGGUCACUACUGAUCUCAGAAGUUGCCACGACACCUCCAGCUCUUUCUCAAGUUGCUUUGGAGGGUCCUCCUCCAGCUUCAACAGUGAUGACCCCGCCUGAGCUUCCUGAUUCCCAAGAACCAGCUCUGCUUUCUCCAGUUAAAGAAGACCUUGUUGAGAGGAACCAAUCUGUAGCCCACUUGCUGAAAGAUAUCAAGAGAGAAGCGGAAACUCGGCAACCUGGCAAGAUGGCGACUUCAGAAACAAACCAGCAAGACACCAGGACUGACAUCAAGGAGGUCUGUGUGCAGAAAGAGUUCCUGGUUUCUCCAAGGAGUAAAAAAAAUAAGCAAGAGUCUCAAACGUACACCAAGAAGACAGAGGUUAGAGAGAAGGAUAAGGAAAAAGUAGGCUCUGACAUUCUUUUGAGAGAGAACUCUCGUCUUCCUGAGGCUGUGCUGGAGGAAAAUCGAACCCUGGCGAAAGACCAGCAGAACAACGACCUUGUUUCUUCUUUGAAAAAUUAUUUGCUUUUGCUCUUGAAGAUCACAUCUGAGUCAGAGAAAAGCAAAGCAAGAAGCCCAAAGCAAGAAGCCAAGAUGGUGGAGGAGAAGACUCCGCUAAGUGCUAUUCCAAAACAUCUGCCAGACGUGGGCAUUGCAGGGUUAACUCCCAGAACCUCAAGGAAGAUCUUUGAACAGGUGGAGACCGACCAACUUUUCCAAAGUGCUGAGAACCUGCAGUUGACUCCCAAAACUUCUCGGAAACUUACAGGCAUGAUCAACCAAGAACUGCUUGCUUGUCAGAAGAACCUCAACAUUGAACCAGAGAUACCUCCUUUGCCUUGUGUCCCCUCAAUUGUGGUAGGGGGCAUUGCAGGUGAGCCAGCAGAUCUCUCCCAUCUCCCCUCUUCUGAGAUUGUUAGUGAGCACUCAGCAGCUCUGCCCAGUGCCACUCCUGAGGAACUGGCAUCUGGAGCCCGUCGGAAGAUCUUUCUACCCAAAACCAAGCUGGCGGAUGAGAUGGAAGGAGGGGCCCUUGAGGGCCAGCUGUUGUCCAAAAGAGACAGUCCCAGUGUGUCUCCACAGCAGAGCCGUAGGAGCCAGGCUCUCUUGCAGACCCCGGCCCCGGGUUCUCCUCCUAUGGAGAAGCGCUCUCCAACCUUUGCCAGGAAGAUGGCGACUCUGGAAGUACCCAAGAUGUAUCAGGAGACGGUAGAAGAAAGCAAAAAGGAGGAUGACAGCUCCCCGUUGGUUCCAGAGAGUGCAGAAGAAAGCAAGACCGAAGUGGGAGAAUCUAGAAAAACCAACGAUCCAUUUAAAGCUCCACAAGUAGUCCGCAAGAUCCGAGCAGAACAGUUCUCUGAUGCCUCGGGGAACUUGAAGCUAUGGUGUCAGUUCUUCAAUAUCUUGAGUGACUCCAAGCUCAUCUGGUACAGGGAUGAGGUGCCCAUAGCAGAUGUCAAAAGAAGCUCUGGAGAUGAAGGACAGGCGGCUCUGGCCAUUGUGCAGAUGUCCUUGAAGGAUUGUGGAGUGUAUCAGUGUACUAUCCAGAAUGAAUAUGGGACUGAUAGUACUGACUUUCUGCUGAGCCCUGAAGUGCUCUCUGGAUUUAUCACCAAAGAAGAAAUAGAAGCUGGAGAGGAGAUUGAGAUGACCCCUAUGGUGUUUGCCAAAGGUCUAGCUGACUCUGGUUUCUGGGGGGAUAAGCUCUUUGGUCGCAUCAUGGUGGAGGACCUAGAGGUUGGACAAGGAUUUAUACGCAAGGCUUGCCGGGCCCGUGCCAUUUAUGGCCUUGAGCCAGUGUUUGAGUCUGGACAUACUGGCAUUAUUAAGGUCAACAACCUCAUUGCAUUUGGUGGACGCAGUGAGAACACCCUGGUGGAGAGGAACUAUGAUAUCACCAUUCAGGAGUGUAAAAUCCAGAAUUCAAGUCGGGAAUACUGUAAGAUCUUUGCUGCAGAGGCCCGGGCCAUUGCGGACUUUGGGUCAAUACCUGAGAUCAUCCCACUUUACCUAAUCUAUCGCCCAGCCAACAAUAUUCCUUAUGCAACCAUGGAGGAAGAUUUGCCUGGGUCGUUUCAGGGCUACUGUGGGCGAGAAGGAGAUGGCAACAGGUUGGCUCCACCCAACCCUUCUGAGAUAGGGCAGAAAUGCUCUGCUUUCCAGCACUGGCUUUACCAAUGGACAAAUGGCAACAUCUUGGUGACCGACUUGGAAGGUGUUGGAUGGAAAGUCACCAAUGUGAAGAUUGCUACCAAAACCAAGGGGUACCAAGGCCUGAAGGAGAGCUGUUGCUCCAACCUCCUCAAUCACUUUGUUACCUCCCAUCAAUGCAACCGUUACUGUGAGCUCCUUGCUCUGAAGAGCCUAGAGGUUCCUCAACCUCCGCCGAGAAGCAAAGGUUCUCGGAGCCCCAACAUGGGCAGAAAAGCCUCAUCAGCUCAGUCCAGCCCUCAGCUCCAGAAGAAAGGCAUCUCUAGUCCCCAGGCUUCCAGGAAAGGGUCCGUGAGCCCCAAGAACGCCCGGAAAUGUCCAGAACAUGUUGCAGAAUCACAAUCGACGGCAUGGCCCAAAGGAAGAGACAGCGACAAGACAGGACAGCUGCAGUGAUGGGCAGUGGGGGCCAUCAGCCAUACACGUUGUGUGUGCCUGAGGAAGGGGACAGGAUUGUUGUGUCCUCCCUUGGCUCCCCCACCUUUCCAUGUGUGAGGUUUGUGUGGUGUAGUGUUUGAGGGAAAGAGCCAUGCUGAUCAUGGCUUUCUGGGCAGGUUUGGAACGAUGUGUGAAUGCAACAGUGUGGUCACUACUGGCCCUGCAGAGAGUGGCAUCUGUCUUCACAGUCCCAUCACGUGAGGCAGGAGCUUGGCACCCUACUUAAGUGCCUGUGUGGUGCUGGUUCUCCUUGGUGCUUGGGCCGGGCUUUGAAUAUUGAGCCUGUCCUAUGGCUCUCAACAGGUUGAAGUCCAAGGUGGGGGGCUGGACAUCAGGUGGACCUCUGCUGGGCUGUAAUACAGGACUCAUGCCCUUGACUGCAAUACGUCCCCUACCAAAGGCCCCAUGCUCUCUGCUUUUCCCAUGAUGGUGUGGGCCACCACAACCCCAGUGAGACUCUUGAGAAUUACUGUAACUUUGGCCCGAUCCUCUCUUCCCAUCCACACUCAAAAGAGUGCCUAGGCCCUAGGAGAAGAGAGUUGACUUCUUCCCUUCUCCUUUGGAGGAGAUGCUGCUUCCUUGAUGGGACUCCAUGUGACGUGGCUGUGAUGGUAUCUUCCUGCAUCUGUGCUUGGGGACAAUUAAAGUGUCAAGAUAUGUCCUGGCUAAGACGAGAGGACAUUUGGUCAAUCAAGUGGAGCUGAUGAGAAUAACGGAAGAUAAACCCCUUCUUGCUUGACUACCCUUCCUGUUCCGUACACUCAUGCCAUGUACUACAUGGUGCAGAUGGAGCACAUAUUUUGCACACAGAAAGCUCUGAUUUCAGUUGAUGUUUUGACCUCGACUUAAGAGAUCAGAGAGGAAUUGCUGGGAAACAUUUAUAUCAGACACUCUGGAUGCUGCCGAGUAUUCAAAGCAGAUUUGUUAUAUUUCUUACCUGUUAAUGACCACACGCCUGUUCACAUAAUAAGUUUCACUUGGUUCCUGGAUGAUUUUUUUUUUUCUGGAUUCACAUCAUACACCGAUC